GUUGGGUUCACUGGCGCUGAUGGCCCAUUGGCCAGUGAUGGGAGAGGAGGUCCGGACACAGGUACUGCUGCCCCCGUACAGCCAUCGAUAACUAUUAACUAAACAAUUUUAACAACCUUCCAAAAAUUGUUCUCCCAAAAGUGCAACCCGUUAGCUUCGUCCAAUGUUGCACAAACUGAACAGCAUCACCAUCGAAGAUCCAUGAAUACUUUUGUCUGCGGAUACCUUCAUCCGAGCUUCCAGGACGCCAAGGUACGGAGGUACAGGGAACCAUUUCCAAUUUGACGGGAGACAAAAACCAAGAGAACUUGGGCGUUUCCCACAGAGCUCCUACCAAUAAUGACCUCUCCUCUCCAAGAGACUCCAUGGCGAUCCACCCAAUAAUUACGUCCAAAUGCAAAAGGAAAACGCCUAGAAUGGUGGCGCCAUCUGGAGUAUUUCAAGUGCCCAACCACUGGCAAACCAGCGAUGAUGGCGCUUAUGACUGCCCCGUACUUUUUGUCGUCUCACUUCCAGUCACUUUAAGUUGUAUCCUGAUUCCCGACAGGCCAGUCGCAGAUGAGUGUCCUCGUUAGGAGGGGAAAAAGGAAUUCGGGCCCGUCCCAGUCUUCUCGGAAUUUAGAACUCGAAGCUCGAAGCGGUCGUAUCAAGAAAAAUAUACAGAGUACUCCGUACAGACGGUACGGGAUAUCAAUUCAAUACGGCAAGGAAACGACUCAGCAACUGCGUUGUAUAUUACACAGUACGAUGCUUACCGGUAAUUUACGCCCGUUGUCCCCAGGCCUGGAGAUCGACAGGAAUGGGGAAGACGAUCGGCCGGCUUGCAGAACGCAAGGAACCAUGAAGAAUGGGAAUCUUGACUCUAAAAUACUUACCAAGAUAGGGACAUCAAUUACCAUUCUUUAUUAUGGGAUUUUUUUCUUUUGUUUUACUCGAUGUUGCCGUUUGCUUCAUUAUUGAUAGUGCUUAGGGCCAAAGUUCAUAGUGACAACCUUCCUCCCCCCCAUCUUCAAUGCAGUACAUACUCACAAAGCAAUCUAUCUCUAUUUAUGUAUGUAUGUACGGAGUACUGCUAAAUGCACACUCGGAGUACGGAGUACUCGAACAUGCAUUACUCCGUACAUUUGCAUGCAUUCAUCACCCUAGCGCUGGAAAAACCAGACAAAAGGAAGACAUCCACCUCCCAUCAUUGGGCAAUGGGCGCAUAUUCAGCGCAGCAAUGGCUGCAUUGGCUAGAGGUAGAUGUAUGCUAUGGGCUACUGGUUAGUGUGCGGGAAUAGCAACAUACACCUCCAAAGGCUUUUCAUCUUUCCUCCUCCUCAAUGCCUCUCUCUCCUCCUGGAAAAUACCUCUUUCCCACCCCGGAUGAUAAGCUGCUAAUCGAUCGACUUUGUGAAAGAUUUAGGUAGGUGGAUCCUACGAGCAGUACGCCGUACAUGCACUCUAUAUACCCUACUCUACCUUAACCCAGAGCGCCCGACGAUUGCGGAGGGAACCAAGUGAACCGACUUUCAUCUUUCAUAUCUGGCGUUAAUAUAUAUUUGACGUGAGCAAUCACCCUCUGUCUGGCCUUUUUGAAUUAUAGCAAAGCUCCCGUGAGCAUCUCUGUCCGCGUGUUGGUAAGAAGGGUUGUGCAGGUAGGUUUUCGAAGUGGCCUGCCAAACCAUAUAACGAUACUGAUUGAAAUUCAUCAUGCAUUUUUUGGAAACUCUUCCGUGAGUGCGAGGGAUGAGAAAGGGAGAAUCAUAAAAGAAAUAAAGAGGACAUGAACGACCUCUCCAAUCUUAAAUGAGAAGAAAGGCAUAUUUAUGCUCAGCCAAUUAACUGGAAAACACCAUCUUCUCAAUGGUGUUUGCUCAAGGAAUCUGUGAGAUUCAAAUGUCGUUGUCUUUCAUCUCCCUUGACCAGUAUGAACCGACAGUUGCACAUCAGGGAUCUUCCUCAGAAGCAUAUAGCUGAGUGCACUUGGUGUUUGAGAACAGCCAAACCAACAGCCUAACCAGACAGACACACACAAACACACAUAUCAGAGAUAUAAAGAAGACGUCACCGUCAUUUUGGCUCGGGAUGAUAUUACCAGGAACCAUCGAGUUGCCAAUUGAUACCGCAACCAUGCGACGACAGGCAAUUGCGUUGCCUUCCAUAGUCAGUCUGGCAAAGCUGACAUGCCUCCAUCGCCCUGGAGUGUUGGGUUGUGUCAUAUAACCUUCAUUGUUUCGGCAUCCUGUGACGCUUUGUAUCUUGAGCGCUCCGGCUACCAUAAGAUUAUUGUUUCCCGGCUCGCUACCUCUGUUUCCACCCCCUUCCAAAACCCUAUAGGGGCAGUAAACCGCAAUAAUCACCAAAGGUAUGACGAGGCAAAACCAACAAUCUGACGUUUGAAUAGACUUGCUUAUUGAUAGCUUCCAAGCACUUCUCCAGCUAAUAUCAUGUUCAUUUUCAACAUGGGAAACGCGGGGUAAGUUCGAGUAUAGCCUGUUCGGGUUCAUCCUUGAUGUUUUGAAUUAGCUGAGAGUAAGGAGAACAUCUGUAGAUGUAGAUAGGUGUGAGGAUAAAUCCUUAAUGCCUGCCUCUCAAACCUAGGCGUGGUAUUCCGAUGCAAACUUCUUAGGUCAAGAGGCCACCAUGUUCAGCAAUUCUUGUGGUGAUAAAACUGGGCACACUGGCUCAAGGAGACGCCUAGCACAAAGAUAGACUGGACAAUUCCCGAGCAUAUCUGUAAGAAAUCCCGCUCCUUGCGGAUCCUUUACCCCUAUUCCUAUCUCUCAUGUAAUCAAUAG